AUGGGCUCACUCAGCAUCAACAUUCAUCAUCUGAGGCGUAAUGAGAAUUCCAAGCAACUCAUAGUCAACGGGCGUCCAUUCCUCAUACGGGCGGGCGAACUUCAAAACUCCUCAUUGACAUCACUCGAGUACAUGGAGCCAGUCUGGCAGAAGAUGGUUGAUACAAACAUCAACACUCUGCUAGGCUGUGUAACAUGGGAGAUGAUAGAGCCUGAAGAAGAUACUUUCGACUUUUCUGUUCUGGACGCAAUUAUCUUGGCAGCACGGAAGCACUCGAUGCAUCUUGUCUUGCUCUGGUUUGGCUCAUUCAAGAAUGGGCUUUCGACAUAUGUGCCAUCAUGGGUCAAGCAGAAUCCGAAGCGAUUCCCUCGAGCCAAACUACGCAAAGCUGGCGGUCGACUUGAAACUGCGGAUGUUGUUUCACUCUUCUAUCCUGAGUGUCGCAAGGCUGACGCUAAAGCGUUUGGUGCUCUCAUGCAACACUUACGGGAAUUCGAUCAGUCUUACUCCACUGUAAUCAUGGUUCAAGUUGAGAAUGAGAGUGGCCUAUUGGGAGACUCUCGUGAUGGUUCUGAACUCGCUGAGCAGUCCUUUCGCCAACCUGUUCCACAGGAGCUAAUCGAAUUCUUCACUUCGAAUCGGGAGAACCUUCACGAGGACAUCAAAACUCAUAACUUGGCCCAGUUCAACCCUUCCUCUGACGCUGUAGAAGUAGAAGGCGGCGAUUAG